AUGGCCUCCCUUAUGUCGAGAUCCAUGAGGUGGAUUUCCCCAAAUGGGAUACUGGCUAGAACAGAGGAUACUCGGCACAAUCCGAUGCUCGGCCUAGGACGUACAAAGCAGCUGGAACGCUCGAGGCUUGCCCUGCGUGAGGCCUUUUGGAACAUCCAUGCCUCGGAUUUUGCGGACCGAUCGCCUCGCAGCUUCGAGACUACCGACGGCUCUAACUGUGGACGUGGAGUUCACGGAUCUCAGAUGAAUCCCGCUGAAGAUGGUGUUGACGAUGAUCAUUUCGAUCUCUGGAAAAGGCACAGUAGAACUACCAAGCGGACCCUGGAGAAGAAGGUGAAGAAGAACAAGAAGAAGAAGCCUCCGGUCAUGGAAUUCCUUCAAAUGACGCUUGUCCCAAGAGAGGUCUCUAUCAUUGAUAAAAACCGUGCAUAG